ACAAAAUGGAAGCAGCUUUAGAAGCAGGAAAAUACUACGAGUAUUCGCAACAAGCGAAAUCCAAAUUCUUCAAAUUCAAGCUAAGAAGCAAGGAAAAGGAAAUGAAAGAUCUCGUAAAUACAGUGAUGGAGAAACUGGUUGCAUCCGGUGAGAAAAGCCUCAUUAGAGACUGGGGAGAAUACUAUUUCGAGAACUGGAUCAAAGAUACAAAGGAAUUCGAUGAGUUCUUCUUCAAAAUCUCUAAACUCGCAUUUAUCCAUGGUGACAAAGAGAAUAAAUAUUCUUUCCUUAAAAGAAUGAUUAAUGCUUCGAAGAACAAAACUGGACAACUUUCUGAGCUAAUGGCAGAGACUUGCAUGAGCGAGAAACAGUACUUAAAAGCCUAUGUCUACAGUUUGAAAGCUAACAAACCAUACAUGACCAUCGAGUUGCUCAAUAAUCAUAUCAUAAAGGAAGGCUAUACAAAUGAAGUGGAUCUCUUCAAAAUCAGAGCCGUCCUUGAAUACAUCUCAUUUGGCCUUAUUGGUAGCGCUCAAAUCUGAAUUGACAAGUUAUGGGAAGGUGAAGAAUACAACUCUUACAAAAAUAUCGGAGAUGCGGUGUUACUCUGCAUUGAAAAGGAGCGAUUCGACAUAUUCAAGCAAAUCCCUAUCUUCUACAAAGCAAUCCUGGCUACAGACAUGCACAUUGGAGAUUACCUGAACAAGAUAAGCACUGUGCACUUUGGGAGACCCCUAAAAGAGCCAAAUGCUAUCCAGCAGAUGUUCCAGUCAAUGUUCUCCUAACUUCAACUGCGCCA